AUGGAGCAACAACUCUCUCAUGAUCAACCCAAACUCAACAACCCUCUUCAACUCUCUUACCAUUUUCUUCAUUCCGAGAAAGUUCCUUGCUUUUUGAAAGAAAAGGAAGAUGGAUUGGUGGGAAAAGAAGUGGAAGAGGGAGAUUUUAAAGGAAGAGUAGAGAGACUGGAGAGUGAGAGAGAAGAGACAAAUAGGUUGGCGUUUAAGGCUUUGGAAUCUCUCACUUCAACCAAAAAUUGUUUAUCUAGAGUAAUAGAAGGGUUAGAGGGAGAAAAGGAGGAAACUUCUGUUAAAGAUGAUGGUGAUGGUGAGGGAUCAAGGGUGUUAUUGGAUGAGGCAAGGUUGAUCUCAAGGCUUGCAAUUGAGGUGGAAACAAGGGUUGAUAAGUAUAAGGAGUUGAGGAAGAAUGAGAAGAGAGAGUUGGAGAAUAGCUUGAUCAGUUUAACUGAUGAGAAUAGGGAUAUUAAUAACUUGCUAAGGAUUGCUUUGUUGGAAAAAGAAGCAUUGGAGAAGAGAAUAAAGGGACAUGAUCAUAAAAGGAUACCCCUUUUGCAAAUUGCUGAGUUUGGAUUGCAGAAAGUUGGGUUUGGGUUCAUGAUGGGGGGUGGUAAUAAUGAGCAUUCCACAGAGAGUUCUGGGGCUAGCACUGCUGCUAAAUCAUCAGAUGGCAGUGAGUGUGAAGAGGAAGUUGUUAGUCUGGCCUCAACAGUGGAAAGGAUAAUGAAGAAUCUACGUCUUGAAAUCACUCAAUUGAGAAGAUCUUUGGAAGAAUCUAGGUCAGACACAGAGCGCCUCCAGUGUCUCACAGAGAAACAAGCCAAAGAAAUUGUAGAAAAUAAACUCUACAUUAAGGAGUUAGAAGAUAGAGAGAGAAUCUUGGCACAAAAUGUGGAGGAAUUUUUGAUGGAAAUCAAAGAUGCAGAAGAUGAAGUUGCUAGAUGGAAAGAGGCUUGUGAAUUGGAAGUUGAAGCUGGAAAGAAAGAGAUUGAAGAGCGUAACAAAGUGGUGGGUGCUUUGAAACAAGAACUACAGAGAACGAAGGGUGCUUUGGACAUAUCGAAUGGAAAAUUAAGGCUGAAAGAGGAACUUGCAAUGAGAGCAAUAGGUGCACAAGAAGCAGCAGAGAGUUCUUUGGAGCUGGCUGAUAGUAGAGCAAUUCAACUUCGUCAGCGUGUUGAGGAACUAACCAAACAACUUGAGGAAUCAGAGAAACGUGAACGCAAUAGCCAUAAAGUCACACGCAUAUGUUGGCCAUGGCAAGUUUUUAAACUUAGCUCUGCCAAUAUUGCAAACACUAGAGUUGGAAAUGCCAAAAGAAUGCUACCAGAAAUGCAACCCUUAAUUCACUGAAAUGUAUAUAUAAUACAACAUAAUUUUCCAUGA